CCUCCAUUUUCCCCAGGCACUGUAUGACCCUUACUGGUUUACAUAAAUGGUAUACAAUACCAAGCUGAUAAGACACAUCAACAAUAAUUUAGGUUUCUGUAUAGGAACACAAGAAUGAAAGGACAUUGUAGUAGGCCCAUACUAGCUAGGCCUAACUCACACCCACUCUUGUAACUGUCCAAUGUAUAUUUAAAGCUACUCAAAAUUUUUGCCUGAGUGACAUUACCUGGGAGUUUGUUCCACUCACCUAUAACUCAUUGCUAAACCAGUACUACCCUAAUAUUCUUUCUAAAUCUAAAUCUAAAUCUAAAUCUAAAUUUGUUUUAGAUCUUUUAGUAUGUUAUUUAUAUUCUCUUAUGAGUUUUCCACAUGUGCAGUAAAUAUCUAUGAGGGGCUCUUAAUCUAAAGAAGUGGAUGUAUCCUCCCCUUCCCUGGAUCAAACCUGAUUGCCUCCCAUUCUCUAUCUGCUGUAUGACCCAUUGGUUUAAUGCUUUUUCCUGAUUAUAAUAAUUUUCAAUGGGAUCUUUUAGUCCUUUUCCAAGCUGUGACCCACAACAGUCUACUUACACACAGCUACUAAUUAUUUAUCCUCAGGAAAGUACUAAAAGCAAUUCCUAUGACUAAAAGCUUAUCACAUGCCUCAAACAUCCCCUUUGAAGGGUUUAUUUUAUAUUAUAAUUGAUUUUGAUAUUAUACUAAUUUUCCCUCCAGUGUAAAUCCAUCGGCAGGGGGCUCAGUCUUGGAGAAUAUUACAUGGCUGCUAAAUUAAAAAAGGCAUUUGUAACUCCCAAGAAAGAAAUUAAUGAAUUUCCAUAUCUGAAGAAUAUACUACCUCCAGGGUGUGAUUACUUAGUUGACUCUUAUGAAGAGUGUGAAGACCACGAAGGUGAAAAACGUUUUAAUGCCACAUUUCGCAUUGCACGAUCUCAGGCAACAAAAGAUGGUAUGAGACAAUGGAUCAGAAACUUUUGUAACCAUUCAUUAACGACUUACAGAACUGAAAGAACUUACCCACUUGAAACAAAGUGGUUUAUGUAUCGGGUUGAUUUAAGAUGCCACCAUAAUACCAAGCCAUCGAGCCACAAACGAGUUCGCACCCCACAUAAAAAACAUACAGCCUGCCCUGCCAAGAUGACCAUUAAGAUACGACAGGACAAACUUAGUAAACGGAAGUGCCAUGAACUUCAUCUGAAGACCCACCCUGUGGAAGUUUCGCUUUAUCAUCUUCACAAUCACAUAACAAUGAAGAAGGAUGCUCUAAGAUUUCGUGAUCCUGAAUCAGCACUUGUGGAAAAAUUUAGAAAAAUGUAUCGAGCUGGGUACAAACCAGCUGCUGCCUUGGAAAUCCACAAACGUGAUUUGCGUAUGGAAUACGAGGAUGAUUAUCCCAUUGCAUUAGAGGAUCGAGGUUUGUGUCCUGACAUGAAUUGGUGUUAUAGACAAUAUUAUUUGACAAGUAAGGAACCACAAAGUAAUAAUGCUGUCACCAGCCAACAUUUUUAUCUUGAAGAGGUUUUGGCAAAAUAUAACAGAAAAUGUGGCGAAAACUGUGUAUUAAUAAAUGUUUUACACAAUGAUAAGAAUAAUCUAGUGGUUGCCUUGAUUACACCACUUAUGAAACGUUGUCACAGAGAACUAGCUCAGAGUGGGAAAUGUGUGUCUGUCGACUCUGUUAAAUUAGAUUAUUUGAGAUGUAGGGUGUACAUUUUAAUAACCCACAGUGAAGCAGGUGGAUUACCAUUGGGGGUUCUCAUCACAUCAUCAGACUGCACAAGUGUCGUACUGGAAGCACUUCAUCUCUUCACAAAUCUCCUCUCAGAGCAGGACUUUGGUGGCAAAGGGGCUGUGGGACCAGCUGUCAUCAUGACACAGGAUGAUAAAACACAGCAAGGAGCAUUAACAGCAGCCUUUCCCAAAGCUGUAUUAUUACUGUGUCCAUAUCACAUUGUCCAAUCAGCAUGGGAAUGUUUAUGUGGCAAUCAGGUUGGUGUGGACUCUGGCAGUAGGCAAGAAUUGUUUGAAAUGGUCAAAGAAAUGGUGUCUGCUAAAAGUUCUAGUGAUUUGGAAGAAAUGUACAAAAAGCUUAUGACAUCCCCACAGGCACAAUUCUCACUCAAAUUCUUCAACCAUAUGGAGGAAUUAUAUUCAAGAAGGUGUGAAUGGGCUAUAUGCCUUAGAGAAGAUCUAUUACAUAAAAUGGGAAACACAGAUAUUGUUACAUUAACAAUGAACUCCCUUAAAGACAAGAUUCUUUGUCAAACUAAAGCUUGUACUAUUGUUCAGCUGUUUGAAUUUUUAACUGGUGAUAUGGAAGAAUAUUAUAAAAAUAAAAUUAGUCACAUUUCCAGUAAUAAAGGUGAAUCAGCAUUCUUACAACUAUAUCUCCCUGAUAAAAAAAUGAUGGAGACCUUGGAAAUAGUACCUUACUUCAAAAUAAAAAAUACUUCCAAUGGUGAAUGUUAUGACAUUGAUAUGAGUUGUGGUUUGUGUUCAUGCUCUGUAGGUGCAAGAGGAGAACCUUGUAGACAUCGCUAUACCAUAACCCAGAAAUUAAAUAUAAAUUCACUUGUAAUGCAACCUGUUUCACAUACAUCAAGUAUAAAAGAAUUAAGGAGAAUAGCUAGUUGGUUACAAGAUCAGAAAAUUAGAAGUAGGACAGAGGAAAAUCAGCAAGUGUUGUAUGAGUCAAAUGUUAUUCCCAGUAUAGGAGACUUUGAAGGCUAUGUUUUAAAUACAUCAAGGAAAAAGCAGGUUAGUGAAGAAAAACCAGUAUGUAAGGAAAUGCUAAAUGGCAUUGAGACUCAAAAUACAGUAAAUCUAAACCAUGAAUCUCUAAGGUCUUUUACCUGUCUUAUUUGUAGUAAGGUCUUGAUGUCACAUGCCCAGUUAGUCAGGCACAAAAUAGCACAUAAUCAUAAUAAACCUCUUGUGUGUCACAUUUGUGGUUUGGGAUUUAACACGAAACAAGAUCAUCAGCACCACUGCUUACAGAAACAUGUAAAAGAAAAACCAUAUGAGUGUGAAGUGUGUGGGAAAAGUUUUGUUGACAGUGUGCUUCUACAUGAGCACGUCUUGGUACACAAUCAAAAACGAGCCUUUCCUUGUGAAAUGUGUGGCAAGUUGUUCAGAACUCCUAAAUGUGCCAUUAGGCAUAAAAAACGGCAUGAAAAGGGCUCACACCUAUCAGGCCCUCACUGUAAUAAAUCCUUCCUAGUCAAGUCAGACUUUCAGGCUCAAAUGCACAAAGGUGAGAGCUCAAGUAGCACAAUUAAAACUAUUGUAGAAGUGAGAGAUUCCCUUCAUUACCCACAUGAUCAGCAAGAACAAGAGGUUAUCAUUAUAAAUGCUGAAGAUCCUCUUGCAGCAACAGUUCUUCCAUCAUCUGUUGACAAACCAAAAGAUGGUCCCAGCAACUGCUCUUACCAAGUACCAUUGGCCACUCCUGUCUCACUAGAAAGCUCUGAGGUACACACGGUUCAUUCAGUUUUCCAAGAAGGAGCAAUACCUUCACAGCAAGUAAAUAACAAAUUAGCUUUCAUAUUAUCUGAAACCUGA